UUUGAGUGCAAAUUCUACGUUCAAAACUUCUACUUAAAAAUUUGUUUAAUAUAAUCUUCAGAUAUUUAAGUCAUUUGCUGCGGCUGAAUUUUUUUUCCGUUUUGAUUAUUUUAAAAUUGACAAAUGUAAUUUUGAGUUGGUAAAAUGCUAUGUUACAUUUCAGAAAUCUGCAACUGCAACUUCAUCAGGAUGGAUUUUUUGUAAAAUUCCUCACAAAGCAUGCAGUGCAGAAAACCAAAAUUAAAAACUUUAAUUAAAAAUCAAGUUGUAUCCAAUUACUCCUUAAAUUGUUCAGUUCUAAAAUUAAACAUGUGUGGGAUACAAAUAAGCCCUAAGGACCGUAACUUGCAUAACCUAAUCUCCCUAGGGAAACCAAUCUGAUAACUUUAGACACCCUAGGGACCGUAACUUGCAUAACCUAAUCUCCCUAGGGAAACCAAUCUGAUAACUUUAGACUCCCUAGGGUACCGCAACUUGCGUAACCUAAUCUCCCUAGGGAAACCAAUCUGAUAACUUUAGACACCCUAGGCACCGUAACUUUCGUAACCUAAUCUCUCUAGGGAAACCAACCUGAUAACUUUAGAUGCCCUAAGGACCGUAACUUGCGUAACCUAAUCUCCCUAGGGAAACCAACCUGAUAACUUUAGACUCCCUAGGGUACCGCAACUUGCGUAACCUAAUCUCCCUUGGGAUACCAACCUGAUAACUUUAGACUCCCUAGGGUACCGCAACUUGCGUAACCUAAUCUCCCUAGGGAAACCAACCUGAUAACUUUAGACGCCCUAGAGACUGUAACUUGCGUAACCUAAUCUCCCUAGGGAAACCAACCUGAUAACUUUAGAUGCCCUAAGGACCGUAACUUGCGUAACCUAAUCUCCCUAUGGGAAACCAAUCUGAUAACUUUAGACACCCUAGGGAUCUUAACUUGCGUAACAUUCUCCCUAGGGAAACCAACCUAAUAACUUUAGACACCCUAGGGACUGUAACUUGCAUAACCUAAUCAGGGAAACCAACCUUUGAUAAACAUUGAGACCUCCUUUAACUGAACAAUCCUUUAUAAACCCCUGAUUAAUUUUGUUGGGUAUAAUUUUUACAUAGUUGAGUUGAGAUUUACAUAAUCCAUAUGAAUAAGUACCUAUCUAAAGAGACAAUUGAAAUUCAAGAAAUUAUAGGAUUUUUCUGUGAAACAAAAAAAAUUGUUGAAUACAAACAAAUCUAGAUUCAACAUUUUAGAUGUAUGCAUUCUAAUAAAACACAUUUGGAUUAUUUUUUAAGAUUAGAUUUUUUGGACCUCAAAUGGUUGAUAAAACACGUCAUUUAAUAAACAGAUGAAAAUUAGUACAAUAGGUAUAUAUUUCACAAUGAUCUAUAUUGAAGCCGCCGUAAGCAAAUAUUUAUUCCUUUUUUCAAUUGAAUGUUAUUUAUAAAUGUAAACAUUUCGGACCAAGUGUUACUGUGGUAUAUAAACCAAGGAAGUGAAGUAGCAUGUCACUUCUCUGUAGCUAGCUGCAAUGGUAAGACUUACAUUAAGAAAGUUUAAAAUUUUCACAACUAGUUUUUUGGGGUGUCUCUUUUUCUCAUAGCAAUUUAGCUUAAAAUGUUGCUUUUUUCGUCAUGUCUAAGAAACAAAAUUUCAAGCUUUUCUGUUUGAAAUAAUGGAUUUUAAAAAUUUGUAAAUAUUUAUAUUUUUCUUGGCAAAUUUUUUCAGCGUCUUCCAGCCAUAAACAUAAAUAAUAAUCGGUUGAUUUUUAUUAGAAACAAAUAGACCGACAAAAUGACAAACAAACAAGCAAAAUAUAUUUAUGAUUGCCCUCUAAAUAAUCUAAUAAACGAAGACAAAAUAUUUGUAUUUUAUUUUAUAAUUAUUAAGAUGGUUACUGUUCUGUUUUUAACAUUCCUGUAUGCUGGGUUAGCCCAGGCUAAGAGUGCAAUGCCUGGAAUAGACAUUGUUCAAGUUGAAACCGGAUCCAUGGAGGACAUGAUGGAUAAAAUGGAAGUCGAGCUUAUCGUCAAUGACACUGAAAUAGAUCCAAGUCUGUUGACACCAAAAGUUGAAUUUCAGUUGGUCAUCAACGAAACUGAUAUUGUUGACCCAAACCUGUUGACCCCAAUGAAACAAGCAUUAGAUAGAGCUACAACUGAUUGUGGUUGUGUAUAUUCUGUGAGCAACCCAAAUCCAGCAGCAGGAAGGAUUGUUGGAGGAUCGGUUGUUUCCCCACAGAACAAGCUUCCUUAUCAAGUGUUCGUUCAGAGUUGUUAUGCUACUGGUUGCAACAUGUGCGGAGGCAAAAAUAGAUUGGAAAACUUGAUAUGUUUAGGAACCCUGAUAAACAAAAAGUAUGUUAUCACAGCUAUGCACUGUGUUGUAAGUUCUAAUGUUACUGCUAGCAGUGUCUUGGUCAAAAUUGGAGAUUUUAGUAGGAAUUCAGCCAUUGAGACAAUUGCACAACAAAAUAUUCCAGUUGCUUCAAUAAUUGAAAGAGAUGACUACACAUCAAAACCAACAAAUAACGAUAUUGCUCUACUCCGACUCUCAAAAGAUGUUGUUUUCAAUGAUAAUGUAGUGCCAGCAUGUUUACCAACAGAUGCAUCUAAACAGUACGUUAAUGAACCUGCCAUAGUGUCAGGCUGGGGUACUUUGUCAUCUGGAGGAAGCACAUCCAAUGAUUUGAGGGAGGCUAUAGUCAAUAUUGUAGCAGACACUGAUGCCACAUGUAUACCAUACAGAAUCACAAGCACAAGGAUGUGUGCAUAUACUGAAGGAAUAGACAGCUGUCAGGGAGACAGUGGUGGACCUUUAGUUGUAAAGGAAAAUGGAAGGUAUACACUAGUAGGUGUUGUAUCCUACGGUAAUGGAUGUGCUAAGCCUGGAUAUGCUGGAGUAUAUGUUAGAGUAACCAGCUUUUUGAACUGGAUCAACUCAAAUGUUGCGGAUGGAUGGUGUGGUGAAAAUAACCCUCCUCAACCCCCCACAACCGCUGCUCCUACAACUGCUGCUCCAACAACUGCUUCACCAGUAUUAGGUCCCAAAUGUGAUAUAACCUGUAUAGGAAGAUUUUCAGGUUCAUAUCUGGUUAAUAAUAUCCCUGUCACCUGCAACCUUGGUAUUUGCAGUUCAACAGAUGGGAGUGAUUUAUGCCGCAGCAUUAAUUAUCCAUGUGGUGCCCCCACUACAGUUGCUCCAACACCCGCUCCCACCAAGUGUGAUCUAACAUGCAAAGGUAGCUGGACGGGAAAUUUUAGAAUAAAUGGUAUCUCCUCUAAGUGUUCACGCGGAGUAUGCUAUGCUACCAGUUCAAGUAUUGAUUUGUGUAAGAGUUUGAACUAUCCAUGUGCAAAAACAGUGUGUGAUCUAACAUGCAAAGGAAGCUGGACUGGAAACUACAGUAUAAAUGGUAUUCUCUCCAGCUGCACCUCUGGAAGAUGCUACGCUAAAGAUGGAACUAAUCUCUGUCUAAAGCUUAACUAUCCCUGUGGAAAAUAGAAACUGGUUUUGUGUUGUUUAAAUUUAUGAUUUGAUACAUGGUUCUGUAAAUUCAAAAUUUUAAUAAAUCUUUUUUGCAUUUAUAUCAUAUACAAAACAAAUAUGGGUCAAAAGAAAAUGACGCUUGGAUGCUUUAAAGUCAGUUGCAAUAAAACCAAUUGUACAAAUAAAUCGGUUGCAGUCUUUUACAAUUUUUUCAUUAAAAUUAACUGUAUUUAAAAUCAGAUGCAUUAAGUAACAAUUGCAAUUAAUACUCAGUUGCAAUAAAAAUCAAUAGUGUUCUACACAGUUGGUGCAGACCAGCAAUAAAAUGUUAUUCCAAUCAAAAUCAGAAGCAAUCAAGCUCUGAAGCAAUAGCAAUAAGUUUUGAUUGCAAAUAGAUUUUGAUAGCUUAAUUGAGUUUUGAUUGUACUGAGCAAUGAUUACAAUUGAUUCGAUUGCAACUGAGUUGAUUGCAUCCAUGUUUGACGGCAAAUGUAUGUGUUACAUGAAAAUACAGAGACAAAUGCAAAUCAAUAGCAAUAACAAAAAGACAAUAACCAAUUUUUUUUUCUAUAUUCUGUACCAUUAUUUUAUAUUUGUAAUUCCCUAAAUUCUUACUGAAUUAAUAAGACUCAAAAAAUCAAAUCUUGAAUUGAAAGAUAAUUUAGUCAAGAAAUUCAUGUACAUUGAAGAUAAAUUUAAGCAUUUAUCAAUAUUGAUAUU